AUGUCGAAAAAUAAUCGCCGCACAUCAAGAGCUCGUCCACGUACCGGAACCACUGAACGCAGUCAGAAGUCGACGGUACUCGAUGAGCCAACAACAAUCGAGAGAAAACAACAAAAGAAACAAAUUCUGAAAUUUGUGGCUCGCACUCUCGAAAAGAUGCCUCAAGGUCUUCGUGCCGAGUUCUCCACUAUGAAACGCUUCAAUGAUUUUGAAAAGAUGAAAGCGUUCAAAGAAGCUCAAGAAGCUGGCAAAAAUCGCUACAAGGAUGUCGGAUGCUUGGACAACAAUCGUGUCAAACUCUCUUCUCCAUGGCCCCACGAAUACAUCCACGCGAACUACGUGGCAGUUCCAACGAAUCCAAAACGCUUCAUCUGUACCCAGGCACCGUUGGAGAAGACGUGCGCCGACUUUUGGUUCAUGUGUCUUCAGGAAAAAGUUGAAUUCAUCUUCAUGCUUUGUAAUUUGCUAGAGAAGGGAUCCAAGAAGUGUUAUGAGUAUUAUCCAAACAAAAAGAAGGAUGUACUAGAGUUUGAGGAAGGCGGGCAGAAGAUCACUGUCAAGUUUCAAUCUUCGAAUACGUUUCAAUUCCGUGGAGCUGAGAGCAAAGCAAAGGUAGUUGCCACAGAGGUUUUGAUCGAGGGUCCCGGUGGAGAAACUCUAAAAACCACUCACUAUCACUGGAAUGACUGGCCGGAUCGUGGUGUUCCAGCAGCUGAUAUGGCAAUUCUUGAACUGCUCGAUCAAGCAAGACCAUCUAAAGGACCAAUUGUCGUUCAUUGCUCAGCUGGAAUUGGUCGUACCGGAUCAGUAGUCAUGCUGGAGUACGUGAUGGAUCAACUGAUUUCCGGACAGACCAUUGAGGAUGGCGACAAGAUUCUGGUGAAGAUCCGUGAACAGAGAAAUAAUUCUAUUCAGACUGACGCCCAGUACCUCUUCGUUCAUCAAGUUAUCCUAAAUUAUUUCCGAAAAAAGAGAUUGAUGGAAGAAGCAGGAGUUCAAGAAGCUCAUGAUGCUUUCAUUGAGCAAUACAAAAAGUCUGUUGUUUAG